CAGAAAAUCGGGAGCAAGAUGGUGGCCACCAGAAGAGGAGUAUGCGUGUGCUCCCCAACGAAAACAAACUCCGAUGAGUCCUCUGGAGUUACAGCCACUCCAGCGUCCACUCUGAGAACCAGGAGGACAGCUGAUAAAGGGGAGACUGCAACCCAGUCUGAGGUGACCAGUGACUCCCAGCACGAUGUUCCCUCCGAGGCCCAGAGGUCCACCGUGAAGAGGAAGACCAGGGCGUCCAAACGUCAAACUGGCUUUGCUAACCAGGUAGACUCCACUCAUGAAGCUGACGUGUCUGAGUCCGAGUUCUGCUGUUCUGCUGUUUCAGAUAUGGAGGUUAUCCCCGACACACAGCCAGUUCGCAGGGGCCGAAGGAGAGCCGCAGGCGGGGAGCUGCCUGACGCAAUAAAGGAAGAGGAUGUGUCUGAGGUAGACUCUUGUUCCUCCUCAGUGUCUGCCUCCAGAGGACCAAACAUUCGCAGAGCCACCAGGACUCUAAGGAAGACCGUUCUCAAAGACUCUGCCAAACAGGACCAUAAUAAUUCUGAGGCAGAGUCUUGCAGCUCUGUGGUGUAUGUGUCCCAGGUGCCUGACUCCCAGACCAGAGUGACCGGGAGCACAAGGACUGCUUCAUUGUCUCAUACUGAGGACACCGACCUUUCAGAUCCUGAGUCCUGUGUCUCUGAUGCUCAGACCUCCACAGUGCGCAGGACGGGUCGGUUUGUUGACACUAUCCCCAUUAAUUUGGAGGAAACUACUGAUGGCUCCAACUCCCCUCUACUCCGCAGGAGAAGCAGAGGUGUGGGUAAAGCAGUUCCCUGUGACCCCCAGACUUCUGACUCUGAGGGCUUUGAGUCUGGGCCAAGUAUGACUCCCAGGAGGUCCACUCGCAGGCGGACUGAGCCUAAACUGACAGGCACCACUGUAACGGACUCUGAGUCUGACCUGACUGAUGUGAAUACCCCUCUGGGUAGCUCAGUGAGAGGCAGGGGCACCCCCUGUAGUAGUCACACUGGAUCCAACAGCAGUUCCAGGGCAGCUCCACUUACCCGGCUAACAGCCAAGGCCCUGGAUAUACUAGUUGAGAAAUCCCUAUGCCAGUCAGAUAAGGUGAGUGUAUCUGAGUUUUCAGAGGAUAGUGUGUCAGAGAACCAUCAAUUAGAGGACACAGUCAACGCUGAUCCAUACUGCUCCGUGAUAGAAGAAGUGGGUGAAGAUGAUAAGACCAUAAUCCUUGAGGAUCAGGAUGUAGUGAUUGCUGAGCCAGAUCCCAUCCAAGUUCCAAAAUCUGCUCUGGAGCAAACCGGGAGUGUGACAGUCUCUCAGGAUGCAGAGAUGCCAGAGGUCACUAGUGUACAACAGGAGUCAGGAGAGACAACUGUCCGUGAAGAGCCAGAGAAGAAUACCUCUGAGGCGAAUGUCCCUGUGCAGGAAACCAUCCUACAGGAUGAGAAAGUGAUGCCAGCAGAGUCUGAAGUCAGAGUGACAGUCUGUGAGAGUGCUGAUGCAGAGAUGGCUGAGGCGGUCUGUGAGCAUGCAGGGAAAGCAGAAGACCAGCAGAGGGAGCUGUCCACUAAGGAUGCAGAAGAUGCUGACGCCCCGGUGAAAAUAGAACAGGAGUCGAUAACACCAGCUGAUGCACAAGUCUCUCUUGAUCAUACAGUAAAAGUAACAGCGUGUGAAAAUGCAAUGUCCCCUGUUAUAAUGGUGUCUGAUGAGGAAAAGGUAAUGGAUGUAGAUGUAACCCUCCACAGAGGUUCUCCGUCGGAGGUAGAGUGCCAGGAAUGUAAGGCCGUGCCUAGUGAGGAGGCUAUGGAUGUGAGUAGCACCCUAGUAACUGAGAAUGAAAUGGCUGAUCAAGACCAAGCCCCUCACACCACAGAGCCCAUUGAGGUGACCUCUAGCCAGAACCUGAAGUUCAGUGUGUCUGAUGCUGACAAGCUAGAGGAGCCCAGAGACUCUGUCAUCAUACAGAAAUCUGGCGUGAUCAGUUUACUGGAGAGCAGUGAGGAAGAAGAGGAUGACAAUAGCCAGCAUUCUGAAGAGGAAGGGGAUGAGAGUGAAAGACAGGGUCCUGAUGGUGAAGAGGAAGCUGUCUGUGUAGAGGAUGCAGGCCCAUCCAGACCUCAAGCUGCUGCUGCUCAGUCCUCGGCUCCUGUUGGCCUGUUUGUCGUAGAUACCCGGCCUGGCCUUCAGUCAGAUGAACAGUACUACGUGGAUGAGAAGGAGGUGGAUACUGAGGGAGACACGGAGGCCAUUGAAGAAGAGCAAGAUGAGGAAGAAUGUGUUGAUCAGGAGGGAGAUGAAGAUGCGCAAGUCCUCUUCACAAGCAGAAAUCCACAGUUGAAAGAGUUGUCCAGCCGCAUUGACCCGGGCCUGAGAUUGAAGGAGCUUGGGGGAUUAUACAUCAAUUUUGAUGGCAGCAAAUCAAAGAUUGUCUCUAACUCCCUGAAAAAACUGAAGGAACAGAAGAGCCAAGAUGAGUUGAUGAAGAAGAGUGUUAUUGGCCCAGAGUUUGAGAAGAAAGAUGCUGUGCCGCCAUACAGGGAGUCCAAACAGGCUGCGAAACUGAAGCGCAAAGUGGAGAGGGAGGAGACAGCUGGAGACAGCUGGUUUAACAUGCGGGCUCCUGAAAUGACAGAGCAAUUAAAGGGCGACCUCAAAGCAUUGAAAAUGCGUGGAGCAAUGGACCCCAAGCGGUUUUACAAGAAGAACGAUAGAGAUGGAUUCCCCAAGUAUUUCCAGGUUGCUACAGUAGUAGAUAGCCCUGUGGACUUCUAUCAUUCCCGUGUCCCAAAGAAAGACCGGAAGAGAACCAUGGUGGAGGAGUUGCUUGCUGAUGCAGAGUUCAGACACAACAACAAGAAGAAAUACCAACAGAUCAUGACAGAAAAAGCAGCCAUUGGUGCUGGCAAGAAGAAUAGGAAGAACAAUAAGUUCAGAAAGUAAGAAUGACCGAGUACUGUAGUAUACAAUGCAGUCAUAUGGCUGUAUUGAGACCAGUAUGUUAAUGCCUGAAUGAAAGCCUGUUAAUUAAACACAUACAGUACCAUUUACAGUGGCUGAGUGGAGAUGCAUCUGUUUUAUAAACAUGAACGAACUAUG